UGAAUCUGUAAACGAAUGUCUUAUUCUGUUGUGAUUUCAGAAAAACGAGUGUGCAACACUGAUGAGUUCACUUGCCGCAAGGCCAAAGGCGAGUGCAUCCCGCUGACAUGGAUGUGCGACGGCAAUCCAGACUGUUCGGAUGGCUCCGACGAGAAGGAGUGCAACGAAACAUGUAGAGACGACGAGUUCACGUGCGGCAACGGAAAGUGUAUUCAAAAGAUUUGGGUAUGUGACAGAGACGACGACUGUCAAGACGGCACGGAUGAGCUGAACUGUCCCAACAUCACAUGUUCCGAGUCCGAAUUCGCCUGCGUCAAAGACAACACUUGCAUAACGUUGAAUUGGCGUUGUGACGGCGACUUUGACUGUACUGACCAAACUGACGAAAUAGUGAGUGAUGAUUACAUAUAUUAUAGUAUUGUAUUACUACAUUAUGGUUAUUUAAAAAAUGUUUUCCCAAAAUAACUUCUACCAAUAUUG